AUGAAUUUCUUGAGAAGAAACGCUACAAAUUUGUGUAAAGGCAAAGUCUUGGGGAAGCACCUGAACUGCUCUGUGAACGAGCUCAGCAACUUGAAUAAGAGAAAGAUUUCCAACAUAAUCAACCUUGGGAAAUAUGGACAAAGGUACCAAGGAACCCAUUCCAGCUCUGUUAUUGGAGCAAAAAGAUUUGCUUCAAGUGAAGCGCAGAAACUGUCCGAAGUUGUAAAAGCAGAGGUGCAACAUGAGAAGUCGAAUUAUGAGGCACCAGAUAAUAUUAAGAAGUUUUUGCAAACGUCGGGAUGGAAAUUUGAGGAACAAGAAGGGGAUGUCAACAUGGUGCUAACCAAAAAUGUGGAUGGAAUGAAAAUUAUUAUCGAUUUUCAACUUGUGUCCCCAUUUCAAGCAGAAGGAGAAAAUGAAGCGCAAGCAGAAAUGACUGACUUUUCUGUCACUAAUGAUGAGAAAUUCAGAUAUAUGAUUGGAAAUGUUAAGUAUUAUAAAAAUGAAGAAGGAAAAAAUUCCGUGUCAGCUUAUAAUGGACCUGAAUUUGAAGACCUGGAUGACUCCUUACAAACUUCGCUCGAUGAAUGGCUGGCGAACUUAGGAGUAGACUCUGAGUUGUGUGAUUUUAUCGAUUCCUGUAGCAUUGACAAAGAGCAAAGAGAAUACAUGUCAUGGUUACAGAACAUUUCGAAUUUUAUCGAAUCUUAA